GUAGGCUUAGGCCAUGGAUUCAGGCACUAUAACGAUUUCUAAUUCUGCCCUGUAACUGUCCUACUUUAGUCCUUCCAUCUCUCUCUCUCACACACUAGACUUGAUCCCGAAUCUUUGCAAAGAUGAAUGUCAGCUGCGCUUCGAGAGCGGCCUUGAUUUUCCACCUGCUGGUUCUGUUUGCCUUGGCUUCGGCGAAGAAAUCAGGCGAUGUAUCUGAGUUGCAGAUCGGCGUAAAGCAUAAGCCUGAAUCUUGUGAAAUCCAGGCCCAUAAGGGAGAUAGAAUCAAAGUACACUAUCGGGGAAAACUCACAGAUGGAACUGUUUUUGAUUCCAGCUUUGAGAGGGGCAAUCCAUUUGAAUUUGAACUUGGAAGUGGUGAAGUUAUCAAAGGUUGGGACCAAGGACUUUUAGGAAUGUGUGUAGGCGAGAAGCGAAAGUUGAAAAUACCUGCAAAACUUGGUUAUGGGGAUCCGGGAUCCCCACCUGUGAUUCCUAGUGGAGCAACACUAAUAUUUGACACAGAGCUUGUCGCAGUGAAUGGAAAACCAUCAAGCGGAGGGGAAGCAAAUGAUAGUGAGCUAUAGUCACUAGCCAGAGCAGCUGUUUCUUUUUAUUUGUUAUAUUUUUCCCGGUCAGUAAAAAAUUGUUCAAUAUUUUAUUUAAAAUAACUGCUUUUUUGGCGAUGUGAACUAGGUUUUAGUUGGUUGAUCAGAUUUUGUCAUGAAGUUUAGAACUGAAUAGAUGGCGUUUAGCCAUUUUACCUGGUUUACCUUCUUUAAAGAAGAGGUGAAGAUGCUGGAACCAGCCGAAUAUGAAGUUUUUAGCUUUAGACAGCAUCUGCCAGUGCCUUUUUUUAAUGGACUGGAACCUAUGGAAGUAGUUAUUAUAAUCUCAUUAUCCUUCAACUA